AUGACCACGACACCACCCCUCGCGACGGGUGCCAACCCUCCGAUUCCCGCCGAACAGCUCGCCGCACUUACAUCGCUGCUGUCGGGUCUCACCGCUGCCGCUUCCGGCACUGCCACACCCGCCACGACGUCCGGCACCACUCGCACUGCCUUUCCAAAGCACGCACGCUUGGAUGGUGCGAAGACCUUCGCGAACUGGACACGCCAACUUCGCCUGUGCCUAGCGGACGACAUCCGCUCGUACGUCCUCGACGGUAUCGCACCCGACGACUGGACACCUUCGCAACGCUCCGCUCGCGACGCCGUCGCUCGUGAGGUCCUUGCGAAUUCGAUUGACUCGGCCGAAGUCUCGGCAGUCCUCGACAAAAUCCCUACCGCCGACCUGACAGCGCCGACAAUCUACUCGACGCUGAAAUCGCGGUACGCCCCUGACGACGCCACCCGCACGCUCGAGCUCUUCUCACGACUCUGGGGUUUCCGUCCCAUGCCCGGCACGGUUGCCGAAUUCGACGGGUGGAUCAUGGACUUCAAAGCCGUUGCGCAAGAGAUCAUCGACACAAAGACAACUAUCAAUGAUGUUCUCGCCACACUCCUCCUUGCAAUCGCCCACCCGUCCCUCGAGAGCUUCAAGGCGUCGUUCACCGAUGAACAGCGCACGCAACGAACUCUCCCCGACAUUGAUUCGCUUGCCGACCGUAUGCGAGUCCAACUUCGGUCAACGAACAUCCCCAGCACUCAAUCGGCCCUUCUUGCCUCGUCGUCGUCACGUUCUACUCGUCUCAAGUGUCUCGCCUGUCGCAGCCCUUCGCACCGAGUCGCGGAGUGCCCUACGAGGGCGCAACACCCGCCGCCAGGACCCUGUCGCUCCUGCAAGAAGAAGGAUCACUGGUCUCUCGACUGCAAGAAGGCGCUCGAGGACGGCAAAAAGCCCGACACCGCUGACUCGACCGUCGACUCGCAACACCAUGUCGGAUGUCUCGCCACCGGUCUUCUCGCUCGUCGUCGCCAGCUUCGCAACCACUCUUUUGUCGUCGACUCGGGCGCCACUUCGCACAUGGUCUCGGACAAGUCGCUGUUCACGACCUAUCGCCAUAUCGCUCCUACGAAGAUUGGUGGUAUUGCAGGGGGCAUCAACGCCAUCGGAACGGGAAACAUCGCCUUCAUUGCCGCCUCGGGUCAUCCGAUCACGCUUACCGGCGUGCUGCACACUCCGGGCCUGUUUGUCAAUCUUCUCUCGGUCUCUCGACUUUGCGACACCGACGAUGUCCGUGUCGCCUUCACAAAACACGGCAUCCACAUUGACAAGGACGGCAACGACAUCGCUGAAGGCGCACGACUCGACGAAGGGCUCUACUUGCUGGACGCUGAUCAUUCCAAAUGUCAGCACCUUGCUCUCCUUUCUCGCUCACAGUCGUCCGUGCCCCUGCUGACUCUCCAUCGCUGCCUCGGCCAUCUCGCACCGUCCUCCAUACAGAAGAUGGUUGCCGCUGGUUUGCUGGAGGGUCUCAGGGCCGGAUAUAGUGACGAAGAGGUAGAGAAGUUUGUCUGCAAUGCUUGCCUCAGCGCAAAGGGCCAUCGUCUUCCCUUUCCCGAUUCGGAUUCGCACUCCUCAGAGAGACUCGGCCUUGUACACAGCGAUGUGCUUUCCUUCCCCGAGCGGUCCUUGACUGGCAAACGUUACCUGGUCACAUUCCUUGACGAUUACUCGCGCAAACUCUGGGCCUACGCAAUCGGACACAAAAGCGAAGUCUUCGGCAUAUUCAAAACUUGGCUAGCCGAGGUUGAACUCGAGACGGGUGCGACGCUGAAGGUCCUCCGAACCGACAACGGUGGCGAAUACUGUUCGAGAGCGUUCACAGAGUUCUGCAAGACACGAGGCACCCGUCGACAAUACUCUAUCCCACGCACGCCUCAACAGAACGGUCGUGCAGAGCGGGUCAAUCGUUCCAUUGUCGAAGGCGUCCUUGCCCUCCUUGUCGACGCCCACCUACCCAAGACAUUCUGGGAGGAGGCUGCAGCUUAUUUCGUUUACUGCAAGAACCUGUGUCAACACGCGGCCCUGGACAAGGCAACACCAAACUCCGUCUGGCAGGGUGACCACACCACUGCCUCGGCGCUUCACCCGUUCGGCUGUACAGCUUGGCUUACGGUCGCGCCCGAACUUCGCUCCAAACUCGACCCGAAGGCGGUUCGCGUUUUUUUCACCGGCUACGACCUGGCUUCAAAAGCCUUUCGCUUCUACGACACUACAACACAGAAGAUUAUACUUGGCAGAAAUGCCACGUUCCUCGACACUGAAUUCCCCGGAUUACAUGGCGACCCCACUGAGCAAGACGGCGACACGCACUUCGCCAGCGCUCCCACCACCGAAUCUCAAACCGUUGUCAAGACAUGGACCCCACUAGUAAGGUCGGCGCACAUGGACGUCUCAUCCCCCCUUGAUGAUUCUGCCAUGAGCGCCGUUGACGUGGCCCCAGGGUACACUGGCGGAACCUUACUUAACUUCACAGAUGCCGAAUCGUCCUCGUCACCGUCGCCUGCGUCGCCCUCAUCACCGUCGUCUGCGCCAUCGCCUGCACUUUCACCAUCGUCGGCUGCGUCAUCGUCACCCUCGGCCUUACCGACCGACUCUGAAGACUCCGCCGAUCCCCUCGACCUCCUCGGCUCACAGCCCCAGGUUCGCCUCGAUCUACAGGACGUGCACCACCCAGACUUCAGCACGUACCGCGAGCCCGCAUCGGCUGAGGAGUCGCCCGACGAACUCGACCUCAUUGGGCGCCACUCUCGCGACGAAUCUCCGGACGAAAUCGAUUUCCUCACCCGACACCACCGCGCCUUCAUCGCCAUCGACGACGACACCUCUGACACAGAGGCAAUUCAGCCAGUCAAGUCCAUCACGAGCGACCCACAGACCUGGCGCGAGGCGAUGUCUAGCGACAAGCGUGAAGUAUGGGCCAAAGCCGCCACCGACGAGUUCACCUCCAUGCGCGACGACUUCAAGGUCUUCACCAUCGAGGACCGAGCCACGGUGCCCGCGGGUGCGACUAUCGUUACAUCCAAGUUCGUCUGGAAAACGAAACGGAACGCACUCGGCGAAGUCACUGGACACAAGGCAAGGCUGGUCGCGCAAGGCAAUCGGCAACGCGACGGCAUCGACUUCAACGAAACGUUCGCACCGGUCGCACGCUUCUCCUCGAUACGCUCACUCCUCGCGCUGGCGGCCGCCAACGGCUUGCACGUGCACCAGGCGGACAUCGACAAAGCAUAUCUGCAUGGCGACCUUGACCACGACAUCUGGAUGACGGCACCGCGCGGCUUCGACCUUCCCAGCGACAAGGUGCUUCGCCUGCGACGCUCCAUCUACGGGCUCAAACAGGCUGGCCGAAUCUGGAAUCGACACAUCGACGCUUCGCUUCGGGCCCUCGGUUACACGGCGACGGGCACCGACCACUGCGUAUACUCUUGGCUCGAUGAUCGUCAAUGUCCACACUACAUCGCACUGUACGUCGACGACCUCCUGAUGAUCAGCCCGGAACUGGCCGAAAUCGAACGUGUCAUCUCAGGCCUGGACCAACGCUACGGAGUCAAGCGCCUCGGCCCGGCCGAGUAUAUCCUCGGCAUCCAGAUCAGGCGGUUCGACGACGGCUCUAUCGCCCUAUCCCAGGAACGGUACAUCAUGGACGUGCUCGCUCGGUUCCACUUCGACACCACGACUCGCGGCACUACAGUUCCGAUGACUCCCGGCCUUUCGCUCACUGCUAUCCCGGGUCAAGGCACCGAACGGAUCAGGUCAUGGUAUCUGCAGGCUAUCGGCUCGCUCCUCUACAUUUCGCUCGGUACCCGCCCUGACAUCGCCUUCGCCGUGUCCUACCUGGCCCGCUUCGCCAACAACCCCGGUCGUCGUCAUUGGAUUGCGGUCAAGCACAUCCUACGCUAUCUCCGGGCCACGUAUCGCAACGAACUCGUGUAUGCUCGCGGCCAGGCUCGCAUCACGGGUGUGGUAGGCUACUCCGACGCGAACUGGGGGGCCUGCAUCGACACAUCGGUGUCCACCAUGGGCUACGUCUUCUACAUCGCUGGCUCGGCCGUGUCCUGGUCGUCCAAACGCCAGUCUCGAGUUGCCGAUUCGACCACCGACGCUGAAUACCUCGCCCUCUCGCAUGCUGGCAAGGAAGGGAUUUACCUCAGUCAGCUGCUCGAAGAGCUCCAUGUACAACCUGUUGCACCGGCUCACAUCUUUACUGACAACGAAGCCGCUGCUGCAGUUGCUCACGAUCCUGUCCGCGUCUCUGGCACUCGGCACAUACGCUUGCGUGAGCACUUCGUUCGGGACAUGGUGAAUCGGGGCGACAUCUCUCUCUCGCAUGUGGGUACCAGCGACAUGGUGGCCGACAUCUUCACCAAGGCUCUCGGCCCAAAGGUCUUCUCAACGCACUGCUACGCCCUCGGCCUUCGCACUCGACACCCGCGGCUUGGGUCUGCCUCGCAUUCGCGUGGGGGGGGGUGUGAAGAGUCCACUCUCAGCUCGACAGGGGCGCCUCGGUCGUUGCGCGCACUUGCUAGCCCGCCCCCGGCGGUGGGGACUUAGACGCGCGCGACUGCCUCAGCGCGCCAGCGCCGGCGGAUUCAUGCGCGCGCCCGCUAGCCCGCCCCCUUGCGGUGGGGACUUAGGCGCGCCGGCGAUUUCACCCGCGGCUGA